AUGAGCAGGAAGGCGAAGGAAAUGAUUGGGGGAUGUUGUGUAUGUUCAGAUGAGAGCGGAUGGAGUGAAAAUCCUCUUGUUUAUUGUGACGGAGCGGGUUGUAACGUUGCCGUUCACCAAGCUUGCUACGGUAUUGUACAAGUACCAUCAGGGCCUUGGUUUUGUCGAAAAUGCGAAUCACAGGAAAGAGUAGCCAGAGUUAAAUGUGAACUAUGUCCGCAAAGAGCUGGUGCGCUCAAGAGAACAGAUGGAGGAGGCUGGUGUCAUGUUGUCUGUGCACUGUACAUCCCGGAAGCAUGGUUUGCUAAUGUCCAGACUAUGGAACCGAUUAUUUUGAACUCUGUUCCUGGUGAAAGAUUCAAUAAGACCUGCUACAUCUGUGAGGAACAGAAGAGAGACACGAAAGCUACAGCGGGUGCUUGCAUGCAGUGUAACCGCAACAGUUGUAAGCAGUAUUUUCAUGUUACAUGUGCUCAAGCGCAGGGAUUGUUAUGUGAAGUGACCGGCAGUUACGACAAUGUCAAGUACUGUGGCUACUGUUCACAUCACUACAAGAAGCUGAAAAACCACUCAAAUGUCAAACCUAUACCUGCAUUCAAGCCAAUCCCUAAUGAAAAUGGCACCCCAGACUCAAGCCCGGAGAAGAAUUCUCCUACCAAGCCAGAUGAGGACAUUAAGCAUACAGUUCCUCCGGCAAUAAAGGAAGUGAAGAGUCCACAAGUUGACCAGUCAGUAAGCAGCACAAGCGACUCACUUCCACCGCCCUUAAUUCCAAAUGUGAAGACAGAAGUUGUGUCACAUGGAUGUGGCCAGGUGGCUGAUAUCACGUCAGCAGUGUCCCCCUCAGGAGAGGAUAAGAAGUUCCCCCUGUCUGGUAGUGACCACAGCCAAGAGCCCUCAUCCUCCGGAGUUUUGCCUCACACCCCCACAUUAACCACAAUGCAUCACGAUGGUGCCAGCUCCUCCACAGAGACUUGUGAGAUUGACGUCGGGGAAAGUAGCACAGAAACUGUCUUGGUAGCAGACAGGGCAUCACCCGGACUGCCAAAGCGACAGCGGUUAGUUGAAGCUAUUGGACAAGACCGCAACCAAGAAAACCAAGUCAAAUACUAUUCAUCCACUGUGAUACACAAAAAGGAUGCUCCCAAGAAGACCACAAGGAAACGAAGAGAGUCUGGUGGGGUCAACUCUAAAAGUGGAGGUGCAUCUGUUAACCCCCCAACAAGCACACCCUCAUCUUUGCCUGGCCACCAUGAUUACUGUGGCAGCAUUUUUGGUGGAAGCCCUUAUUUUCAGAGCUUGAGUGCUCCUGGCCGAGUUUCCCUGCCACCCUUCUCAACCCAUGAUUCUAGUGCUGUGUUAAAUGGGGCCAGUACUUUGAUACCACCACCCAAACAGUUCCCUAGCAUGAUGGCAAGUGCACCAAGGUAUAACCAGGACCAUUCACAGGACUUUCCACUUUCCAUGGAGCAGUUACUGGAACAACAGUGGGAGCAGGGUGCUCAUUUUCUCAUGGAGCAGGGCCAUCAUUUUGACA